UCUAUUAUUUUUGGUAAUUGCUUCUAGUUUCCUGCUUGUUAAUAAUUUAAAUGUUGUUUAACUAAUUAAUAAUCAUAAUAGUAAUUCAUUUUUGAGCUUUUGACGAAUGGAAAAAUUGAUCUAGAUAUUUUUUUAAAUUUUCGAACGUUGUCGGCAGUUAAAUAAAAGUGAAGUGAGCGAUGAUCGGUUGCCAUGAGAUCCAUCAGUUGUUUUGAGUUAAAUAAAAAUAUCAAUCAACUAUCGACAAAAAAAUAGUAAUCUUUAGUUGGACAAAACGUUUUAGCUGAUGUAUAAAUUAUGUAAAUUUUUUUGAGUGUCAAUAAUGUCGACGAAGCUCAAUUUAAACGAAUCGAUAGACAAAGCUGAUGAUGAAAAAGUAUCGUAUCUCCCGAAAGCGUCCAGGUCAGUAAGUAAUCACGGUAGAGCUCCCUCCGUAACUCGAGCCCGGAGUAAAAUUCCUACGAUCGUUGCCCAGAAUAGUGCGGCUGAUGCGACAAAAAUGUCAGCUACGAAAGAUCCAGCGACAAGUCCGACAUCGACAUGGGGAAAUCGGCGUCGUAUGACUUCAAGAAGUUUUAAUUCAUCUCCGAAAAUUCGUGCAUCGAGUUUGCAGUCGACAAAUCAGACGUUACUUGAAAGACAGUAUAGAAAUAAACAAAAUCGUUAUCUGUCAAUACGAAAUGAAAUUCAAGAAAAACAGGUGAGUGCAUUAAAUAUGUACGAAGAAGUAUCUCAAUUACGUGAAAAAAUAAUGGCUGGUGGUGGAAAGGACCCCGGUAAAAUAGAGUCCAUUAAGACUGUAGCGGGUGAUUUUCCGAUAAAAUUUAAUGACUGUGACAAUACUCGCGGGAGUGGAGAGCACACUGCAAUAAAUUCAUUAAUUACUAAAGAAUUUAUGACUAUUUUACAAAAUGAAUUAAAAGAUUAUCCGAAAGGGUGCUUGAGUCUUUGUCAAGAUGUUAUUAAAAAGCACUCGGAGCUCGUGGACUGGGUUGAAAAAUCAAUUUCAACUUUAAAUUUAACUGAAAAUAAAACUAAAGUUGACCCAGAAUUUGUAAAACAAGUGGAUGAUUGCAAAAAUGAGAGAGAAAGUUUUAAAACAAGAUUAGAGAUGACGGAAAAAAUGUUGGAGAGCUCUAAGGGUGAGCUGAUUAAUAAAAUAAAAGUUAUGUGGGAAGAGAUAGAGAACAUGCGCUCGCGAAUCAGAGAUCUUGAAACAAUGAGCAACGAAGUUGUUAAUAAAAUGCGUAGAAAAUCGGAAGCUGAUGGGGAAAAAUUUAAUCAGCUGAAAGAAACAAAGGAUGUUGCAGAUAAUGAUUUGCGCAAGACAAAGGCGACUGUUCGUGAGCUCGAGGCUCGUAUUCAGAGCGACCAAAAUAAAAUAAUUAAAUUCCAAGAGUAUGUUAAGAGUUUGGAGACUCAGUUGAAACAAAGCGACAAAAUUUUCGAAAACAGAACACGCGACCUCAACAAAAGCCUUAAAAAUUCAGAGGAAACAAUUGUCAGUUUAGAAAAUCAACUGACCGUUUUCAAAGCCAAUUUUACUGAACUGCAGGAUAAACUGGAGAAAGUUGAGCUGGAGAGAGACAGAGCCAUCAGCGAAGCAAAAAAGCGAACAGAGGAAGCGAAUAUCGAUCGUAAUAAAAGUUCUCAAGUGGAAGAGCUUAACAGAGAAAUCGAGUCUCUGACUAAAGAACUGAUAAGUUACAAAGAUUUAAUUUCUGAUAUUAAUGAGAAUGAAUUAUCAAGUGACAAAGAUUUUAAGCGGCAGCUUGAAGAAGAGCGUACUCGGCUUUCAAAGUUAACUGAAGACUACGAGUUCCUUCAAAGGACUUUUGAUACUACUCAAACGAGAAUGGUUGAACUGGAGAAUCAAGUAGCGUCAAUGUGCAACAAAAACACAGAAGAAGUGCCCAAGGAUCACUGGGAGACUUCGGAGCUGGUUAAAGAGAAUGAGGAACUCGGUCAAGAGAUAGCCAGUCUUAAGCUCAAGAAUGUCGAGUUAGAAAGCAGCCUAGCGGAAGCUAUCAAUCAAUUUGAGCAGCAGGAUCAAGCGGUGCGCGAGCAAGCUCAGCAAAUUAUAAUGCAAAAUGAGUUGAUAGCUUAUCUAAAACAUAAAGACCCUGAAAUUACCACCGACGAGGUGAGCAAAGAAAUUUCCACAAACGCGGAGGCGAUACAGAAAUUAUACGAAAUGGUAGAAACGAAGGAGCUGCAGCUGACAAGACUAGAAAAAUUAGUUAAGCAGAUGGAGGACCAGGAAGAGCGGGCCCAGGAGCAGCGGACGCGGUUGGAAAGAAGGAUUGCACAGCUGGAGUUGGCGUUGCAGACUAAAAAUAGUACCAAAGACUCCCGGUACGUCGGGCUAUCGGAGUUUAAUAUUUACGAGCAAGUAUUUAAAGCGGGAGCUUCUCAAUCGGCCGGUUAUCAUGACGAUCAUCAAAAAUCACAGCCAGAUGUUCGCCCGUACGCUUAUAAUUCGCUGAUAGAGGAACAAGUCGCGCGGACUUUAGAGCUGGAGCGAAAAUAUCAGAAGUAUAAACUAAAGUCUCAGCACAUUGAGUGCGCCUACAACUGGCUGAUAAAUAAGUCGCCAAGACUAAAUGAUAAUAAUAAUAAUAAUAAUCAUGAUAAUUAUCACUCACGUGUCUAUCGCUCGCGUGAUCGAUAUCACAGUCGGCCGCGACUUCCUGAUAUUGAUGUCGGCUGCUAUGCGUACCAGGUCAUUGAUAAUUGUGCCAGAGAAUUUAAAAAACUCAGCUCUCGUCGGCAUGAAUCGCGGGCCCAUUCUCCAGAUAAAUUUAAACAUAAGUCUAGUUCAAGAGACUACUCUUCUUAAUUUU